AUGGCAGACGAAAAGCCUACCGAAUACGUCACCUUGGUAUCGAACGACGGCUUCGAAUUCAAGAUCCUCCGCUCAGCAGCAUGCAUAGCGGGGACGAUUAAGAAAGCACUGGACCCAUUGUCUGGCUUCAAAGAAAAUGCCCAGAACCGAGUCGACCUACCUACGAUCAAUGGCGUAGUUCUGGAAAAAGUCUGCGAAUACCUAUACUACAACCAAAAGCACGCCGAAAGUAAAGACGUCUCAGAUAUGGACAUACCACCUGAACUUUGCUUGGAGUUGUUGAUCGCGGCGGACUACCUAGAUGUGUGA